CGCGAGGAGCUUCAAUAACAACUCAAGUUUUGUUUACAUUCUACAAUUCUACAUUCAAUCGACGUGUCGUAACGAUAGAACAGUUCACAACAGAAUUUCCAAGAUGAGUGGACUGUGUGGAUUACAAAAAGGACAAUAACAACGGAGCCAGAGAUGGCUGGGUCAAGAUGAAUCAAACACCAGCAACCCUCAAGAUCGCGGUAGACCUAACUCCGAGGGAAGGCUUGGAUGAGUCACGUAUGGAACCAAAAGCAUAUCUGGCAUCAGAAAGCUUUUCCAACCACUUGAAGCGAAAGACAGGAGACGAGGUCUCUGACCGGGCUGUAAAGACAGCUCGUUUGGAUCACCCGCCCCAUGAUACUGACCAGAUAAUGUCCAAGUAUCAGGGUCGUGUGCUUUCCAUCCACCCACUGGAUCAUGUCGAGGACAAGGUAGAAGUAGAAGCACACGGCCUAGGGGCUGGGGAUCAACCAGAGAAGCAGGAAGCAGAAGCAAUCUCGUUGCAGGAUUUGGCACGAGAAAUUGCCAAUAUCAAAGCGAAUGCAAUCUCCCAGGAAAGGAGGAUUGAACAACUUGAGCAAACACAUGCUCAGCUUCGAAGGCUGAACGCCAAGCAAGAUGGCCAACUUGUGGAACAGCAGCAAGAACUGUCUCGACUGAAGGAGAGAGUUUCUGACCUUGAAAAAAAAAGUCGCCAAGACGCAAAAAAAGCCAAUUCAAUCGCUACAACACAGAUUUUCUGGACUUACGUCUCGGAAGUGAUUGACAAAUAUGUCAAGGAAGAUCCAGGUCCAAGGAGGAAGAAGUCUGCUUUUGUCGCUGAAUAUAUCUAG